GAGUUUCACCAAUGGCUAUCCAGCAAGGCGCGAGCCUCGCAACACCGCAAGAGCCGGUGCGACACGGGCAGCGAUACCCCCAGCAGCGACAAUUCCGGCAAGUUCAGUGACAGUCCCAGCAGCAUCAGCAGCAGGAGCAGCCGAACAAGCCGUAGCAGCACCAGCACAAUGACCACCAGCACCAGCAGCGGCGGCUCUGAAAGCUCGGCGGGUCUGCCUGCAGUCACCGGUGAGGCGGAAAUCGACUCUCAGGCGGGCGACGCGGGUGACGUGGGCGAGAGUGGCGACAUCCAUGCGACGACGGACGACGAGGACGUGGUGGCGACGGAGCAGCAGCAGGAGGAGAUGGCUCGACGCCUGGAGCAACGGCUCAUGUCGGCCGAGAAGAAACGUCUGGAGCGCGAGGGCAGCAAGCGGGAGCAGCAGGUCAAGUCCGCACAGCUCCGCCGCCAGGUGCGCGCAGCGGCGCAGCAGCGGCUCGAGGCGUGGGUUGCGGGCGUGGCGCAGCAACGCGAGGAGCGCGCGGAGAAGGCGCAGAGCAACCGCGCGGCCAUCCUCACGGCGGGGCAGAAGAAGCGCGCGCAGCACUUGGCGCUCGUUUCCACGCGCACUGCGCAACGCGCUCGUCAGGAACAAAUUGAGCAGGAGCGCGCAGCGCAGCUCCUCCAGGCGCUCUCGGACCGCAUCGCCGCCGCGUCGUCGAAGCGCGACGCGCGCCUGUUGGCGGAGCGGCAACGCGCGGCGGCGCAGUGGGAGCAGGCGCGGCAGGUGGCGGCGACCGUGGUGGAGCAGCGGCAGCGCGAGAACCGCGAGCGGCGGGAGCGGCUGGAGCGCAAGGUGGCCAAGGCGCGCGGAAGGCGCGCGGAGAUGCUGCGGCGGAAGGGCGGCGGGCGCAGGAGCGCGCUGUACAACCAGACGCUGUGCCGCCGCGUGCAGUGGCAGCUGCUCUCGCGCCGCCUCCUGCGCUGCUGGCGCCAGUUCAAGGGCGCCAACAAGACCACGCUCGAGCUCGCGCGCUCCUUCUGCGCCUGCCAAGUCAGCCGCGCGCGCCUCUCCCGCCUGCCCUUCCCCCUCGUGGCCGCGCGCAUCCAGUCCCCCGCGUCCCUCGCUGCCACCGACGCGCUCCUGCAGCGCCUGCACGCGCGCCUGCUCGUGUCCUCCGCCGUCGCUUCCGCCUCCCCCGCCACCACCCCGUCGUCUUCCCCCGCCGCGUCCCCGCAGAAGCAACCAGGCGCAGGGGGGAAUACGGCGGGCGCAGCGGGCGUGUGCGAUAUCGACCACCUGUUAGCGCAAGUGGCGCCUCCCCCGGGCAAACCCAAGCCCGCAUCAGCAACAGGGGCGAGCAGCGCAGGGGCGAGCGGCGGAGAGGGCGCGCGGAAGGGGCGGUACCCGCCACGCGUGUUCCUGUGCGCGUACAUGAUCGUGCUGCACCCCGAAGCCGUGCUCUCGUGCCUCACAGGCGAGCGCGAAGCCGCCCUGCGCGUCGCUGCUGCCGCUCUCGUGAAGGCGUUUGAAGGGCUCGCUCGCUUCCUGCUCACCCGACCCAACCCCUCUGCUGCUGCUCCUGCUUCUGCUUCUGCUGCGUCUACCGUGUCUGCCUCUCCAGCCGCUGCUCCUGCUGCUACCGCUGCUGCUGCCACCACUGCCGCUGCUGCUAGUGGAGGCAGAAAGGCGGCAGCGAAGCCGUUUUCGCAGCACCUAGUGGAGUUUGACGUGGCGUGGGUGGAUUACCUCGAGAGAUUCGUUGCCUGGAAGGCGCGUGACAAGGAGCGCAUGGAGGCGGACAUGGUGAGCAUGGCGUGUCAGAUGCACGCCAGCAUGCUGCGCCGCACCGCCCACCUCCCCGACGAGCGCAUCUCCGAGGACCUCAGGGCCAUCCGCGAGCAGCUGCGUCUCAAAGCUCACCACUUGCCCGUCCCACCACCUGUUGCUGUCUUGUUCCUCCCCUGCUCACUCCACUGCUCCUCCCUCAUUCUCCCUUCCCGACCAAUCCCGUGGCGACAGGUGGCGAAGGACAUUCCCAUGCUGCGCAGCAAGCUGAGGGGGCUGGCGGGGGAAGCAGGAGUGGCUCGGAUGGACGAGGCCCUCGCCCGCACCCAACGAGACUUCCUUGCUGGCACCCUCCCCACCUCCCCCUCCUCCUCCCCCUCCCCUUCCCCCUCCCCUUCCCCUUCCCCCUCGCCUUCCCCCUCUCCGUCACCCUCCCCCUCGCGUGCUGUCUCCGCCACUCCUUCCCCCGCCUGCUCCCCGUUCACCCUCUCACGUGCCUCGCCGGGUGCCUCUUCUCCCACCAACUUCUCCCUCUCCUCCUCCCCCACCAACCCAAGCCCUCUAUCCGCCACUUCCACUGCCACUCCCACUGCCACUCCACCCUCUGCUGCAGCAGCAGCCACCAGCGCUGCCACCUCUGCUGCUCCCUCCAGAGCCCCCAAGGCCCGUCGCUCGCUCUUCCAGUUCUCCUUCCCGCCCUCUAAACCAGCUUCGGCUGCAGGCUCGGAGGACUCGUCCAAGGCUGCGAGGGAGGUUCGGGGGGCGCUGCAGGGGGCAGCGGCAGGGCCGGGGGGCAGCCCCAUGCGGGCAGGGGCCUUCUUCGUGCCUCUGGAUGCUCAACCCUCAGGCUCCUCCGUCCCCACUGGUCCCACUUCUACUCAUGCUGCUCCUGCUCCUGCUUCCUCUGCUGCUGCUGCUGGUGGUGCAAGCCCUUCAGUGGUGGCCCUGCCCGUGGGCCCCUCUCCGCCCCCCCCUGAGCUGCUACAGCUGCACCUCAGCCUUUACCGGAGCUCCACCCUCGCUGCUGCUGCUGCUGCCUCUACUGCUUCAGGAGGAGGACUGGCAGCACAAGGAGGGGGAGACCUGGAGGCGAGGAUGAAGGUGGCCAUGCACCGCGCCUUCUGGGAUGCCACCCUCGCCUCGCUGCUCGCCUCGCCGCCCGACACGGCAGCAGCGGCGCGUCUGGUGGGCGAGCUGCAGGAGGAGCUGCUGCGCGUUGCCCCGCGCGCCUGGCACGACGAGGUCACAGCCAACCUGACACUGGAUGAGGCGGACCUUGUCAAGAUGCUCACACAGGGAACGCCCGACGCCUUCCACAGUCUGCAGGCGCUGCUUGCCUAUGCCACGGACCUCACUCUGCGCCUGGGCGCACCCUUCCGGGAUGAUGCCACGCGUGCCGCCUUGGCACGGCUCAACCAGGAGCUGGGUGUGCUGGUGGCGACAGGUGGCGCGCGCUCAUUGGCAGAGGCGGUGGUGAAAGGGCUCAAGUUUGCCUUUGAGCGGCUGGAGGAGCUCAAGGCGGACAUAGCAGCAGCACGAGCGCGCCUCACGCCCCUCACCACCACUGCCUCCACUCUCCAAGCUGCCCUCGCCAAACGUUUCAACCUGCCCGCCUACCCCACCCCCGCUGCCGUCACUGCCUCCUCGUCCUCUCCCGCUCUCUGCCUCUCAACCAUCAAGGAGAAACUGCCACGCACUUUCUCCUGGGUUGCCAGCUCUCUCAACCAAUCCAUCCCCACUGCACGAGCUGAGCUCCAACCAUACCUCGCCACAUCAGCAUCCACUUCCAGCUCAGCAGCAUCGUCAGCCGCUGCCACCCUCCCCUCUGCAUCCGCCCUCCGCACCGGCCAGCGAACUUUGUCUUCUUCUAGCGCAAGCACGAGCGGCAGCGGGAAUGGCUGCAUCGACUGGGCGGCAGUGGCGUGUGUGGUGCGCGUGGGGCUGGUGGAGGUGGUGACGUCAGCGGAGGGUGCGGAGGGCGGCACGGUGGCAGAGGCACUGUGGCUGGACGUGGGCAAGCUGAGGCACGCCCAGAACGAGUUCCAGUGCGUCGUUGUGGUGGCCAUUGGUCUGCUGCUACUGCGUCAGCUGCUAGCAGCACGAGCCAUCCUGCCAUCGCCAGCAGUGGAGGCCGUGGUGGCCGCCACGCGCACCACCCUCGCCCGCCUCGUCUCCUCCCCUGACGCCUCCCGCGCUGCCCUCGCCUCGGCCCUCGCCGACGCGGUAAUCGCUGCAGCCCGCACCAAGACAGCCCCAGCAGCAGGAGCUGAUGCUGCCCCGGACAGGGCAGGCAUCGAGGCGCUGGCGUCCAGCCUGCUGCUGCGAGCGCUGAACCCCACCGAUGCCAUCUUCCUGCGCGUGCGCGCCUCUGUGGCCGCCGCCCUGCGCGCCCUGCUGCUGCUGCGCCCCGUCAGCCAAUCGCAGGCUCUUCUGGCCGCCCAGGCUGCACUCAGGAAGGCUGCAGCUGGGGACCUGCUGAGUGGGAGUGAGGAGGCGGUGGGGGAGGGGAGGGGUGAUGGAGGAGAGGGAGUGGGAGUGACCACCGUGGUGAGGCUGGUGGAGGAGAUGGCUGAUGUCGUGCUGACCGUGCAUGAGCCGCUGGUGCGUGUGGCCAUGGCUGAUGCCACUGAGGGAUGA